AUGCCUCGUCUCAUCAUCCUUCGCCAUGGCCAGAGCACCUGGAACGAUCAGAACCUCUUCACGGGCUGGGUCGAUGUCCCGCUCAACGAACGCGGCACAUCCGAAGCCACCAAGGCCGGCAAGCUGAUGACCAAACACGAAUGCCUGCCCGACACCCUCUACACCUCCCUGCUGCGCCGCGCCAUCACCACCGCCAACAUCGCCCUCGACAACUGCGACCGCCACUGGAUCCCCGUCAAGCGCGCAUGGCAGCUGAAUGAGCGCCACUACGGCGGCCUGCAGGGCAAGAACAAGGCGGAAGCGGCGGAGAAGUUUGGCAAGGAACAGGUGCAUCUCUGGCGCAGAUCGUACGACGUCCCGCCGCCGGAGAAUGAGCAGGAUGGCAAUACUGAUCCGGACGGCCGGUACGCCAAGGGCGGCAUCAAGGUGCCCAAGACAGAGUGCUUGAAGGAUGUGCUGGUGCGCGUGCUGCCGUACUGGGAGUCGGACAUCGUACCGGAUCUGAAGGCGGGCAAGACGGUGUUGGUGGCGGCGCAUGGAAAUUCGCUGCGUGCGCUCAUGAAGCAUCUCGAGAACAUUAGUGAUGAGGACAUCCCGGGCGUGGAGAUUCCGACAGGGGUGCCCAUCCUCUACGAGCUGGAUGACAACCUGAAGCCCAAGGGAGGAGCAAAGGGCAAGCAUUUGGACUAG